AUGAAGAAUGGCAUGAUUGCAUUCCGAAUGAAGAAUAAAGUUUGUUUCAAUUGUGGUCAAGAUCGCAACAUUAAUCAAUGUGCUAACGAAACCUCCGUUGCUUUAGUCCCAUGCACUAAAAAAAAUAGUAUUGAAUAUCCAACAUACUAUUCAAUUGUAAGAAAUGUACCUUCAGUUGCUUCUUCGUCCGUUGAAAUUGAAAGAACAUUUUCGGGUGCUAAGUUGUUGGUUACAGACAACAGAUCAAAUUUGGGUUGGGAAAGAAUAGAACAAUGUGUGUUAAUAAGGGAAUGGGCAAACAUUUCAAGAGUAGAUAUUGUCGAAAACUCUGUCAUUUAUAAUUAUUCAAAUAUUUCAAAAAUGUUUCUAAGUUUUUAA